UCAAUUGAAUAUAUGGCUGAAUUGAGCAAAGAAGAAAUCAAAAAGAGAAGUAACAAAAUGGAAGGAAUUACAAAAACAGAAAAAGAAGAAAACAUACAAAUAGAAGAAUCAAAAAAAAAAAGACAAGAAGAAAAACCAGAAAAAAAGAUAGAAUCGAAAGAAAGAAAUGCAGAAGAACCAAUACAACAAACUGAAAGUAAGAGAAAGGGAGACAAACAAACAGAAAUUAUAGUAAUCUCAGACUCAGAUGCGAGCUCAUAUGACUGGCUUAAAGAGAAAGGUAUUAAAGUGAAAAGAUAA